UGGUUAUCCCAUUCAGAUGGAGGAGUACAGACUGUGAGGAAAUUAAAAAUAAAAAAGAAGAAAAAAAUCGAUGAAAUUAAAAAUGACUAAAUGAGGAGUUUACGUACGAAAUUAAGUGUUAUCCGGCCCAUCCACGUGUAUAGGCCGGGAUAUAGCCAAAACUUCCGGCCCAACCAUGUAGAUGGAUGGGCCUCUAUUCUGGGCCCACCUAAAUCCCAAUCCUUUAGUUUCUCUGUUUCGCUCGCCUUGGGAAGAAUGGCAUGAGCGUUCGGCUCCCACGCGCCUCCAAGCCCACCACCGCCAUGGCCGCCGCCGCGCUCCCCCUCCACCCAAUCCCUCACCGGAAGCUCCCGCCGACGAGCCCCAGCGCUUCCAUGAGGCAGCUAUGCAAGGAAGGCGACCUGCGGGAGGCCAUCCGCCUGCUCGCCGCCCGCUCGGCGCCGGGGCGGGCCCCUCCCACGGAGCACUACGGCUGGGUCCUCGACCUCGUCGCCGCCAGGGGGGCCUUCGCGCAGGGAAGGCAGGUCCACGCGCACGCUGUGGCCACGGGCUCCCUGCGCGACGACGACGGCGGGUUCCUCGCGACCAAGCUGCUCUUCAUGUACGGCAAGUGCGGCCGCCUCGCGGAGGCCCGCCGACUGUUCGACGGGAUGCCCGCCCGGACCGUCUUCUCCUGGAACGCGCUCAUCGGGGCGUGCCUGUCGUCCGGGAGCUCCCGCGAGGCCGUGGGCGUUUACCGGGCGAUGCGGUCGUCGGAACCGGGGCCGGCGCCGGCUCCGGCGCCCGACGGGUGCACGCUCGCUUCGGUGCUCAAGGCGUGCGGGGCGGAGGGGGACGGGCGGUCCGGGAGCGAGGUGCACACGCUGGCGGUGAAGCGCGGCCUUGACAGGAGCACGCUUGUGGCCAACGCGCUCGUCGGGAUGUACGCCAAGUGCGGCCUGUUGGAUUCGGCGCUGCGGGUGUUCGAGUGGAUGCGCGACGGGAGGGAUGUGGCCUCCUGGAACUCAGCGAUCUCGGGCUGCCUGCAGAACGGGAUGUUCUUGGAAGCUCUCGACCUGUUUCGACGGAUGCAGAGCGCUGGCUUCAGCAUGAAUUCCUACACAACCGUUGGUGUGCUACAGGUCUGUGCAGAGCUUGCUCAGCUGAAUCAUGGCAGGGAGCUACAUGCUGCGCUUCUGAAAUGCGGCACUGAGUUUAAUAUCCAAUGCAAUGCCUUGCUUGUCAUGUAUGCAAAAUGUGGCCGCGUGGAUUGCGCUCUCAGAGUAUUCCGUGAGAUUGAUGACAAGGACUACAUAUCAUGGAACUCAAUGCUCUCCUGUUAUGUCCAAAAUGGUCUGUAUGCUGAGGCCAUCGAUUUUUUUGGUGAAAUGGUACAGGAUGGUUUUGAGCCUGAUCAUGCUUGUAUUGUGAGCUUAUCCUCUGCAGUGGGACACUUGGGUAGGUUAAUCAAUGGCAGGGAGGUUCACGCAUAUGCCAUGAAGCAAAGGCUUGAUAGUGAUUUGCAGGUUGCUAAUACAUUGAUGGACAUGUACAUAAAGUGUAACUCCGUGGAGUGCUCUGCGUGUGUAUUCGACAGGAUGAAGAUUAAAGACCAUGUAUCAUGGACAACAAUCAUGGCCUGUUAUGCUCAAAGUUCUCGGUACUCUGAGGCAAUUGAAAAGUUUAGAGCAGCGCAGAAAGACGGCAUUAAUGUGGAUCCUAUGAUGAUGGGAAGCAUUUUGGAAGUAACCAGUGGUUUGAAAAACAUCUCUCUGUUAAAGCAAGUGCAUUCUUAUGCUAUGAGAAAUGGCUUGCUUGACUUAGUACUGAAGAAUAGAAUUAUAGAUACAUAUGGGGAGUGUGGAGAGGUUUGUUAUGCACUUAAUAUAUUUGAAAUGUUAGAGAGAAAGGACAUUGUUACCUGGACUAGUAUGAUAAACUGUUAUGCAAACAAUAGUUUGUUAAAUGAAGCUGUUGCGUUGUUUGCCAAGAUGCAAAAUGCUGGCAUUCGACCUGAUUCUGUGGCACUAGUAAGUAUUCUGGGGGCUAUUGCUGGUUUAUCAUCCCUGACAAAAGGAAAGGAAGUUCAUGGUUUCCUUAUUAGAGGAAAGUUUCCAAUGGAAGGUGCUAUUGUUAGCUCUCUUGUGGACAUGUAUUCUGGUUGUGGAAGCAUGAGCUACGCUUUCAAAGUAUUUGAUGAGGCGAAGAGUAAAGAUGUUGUUCUCUGGACAGCGAUGAUUAAUGCUUCUGGGAUGCAUGGUCAUGGCAAGCAAGCCAUAGAUAUUUUUAAGAGAAUGCUGGAAACAGGUGUAUCUCCUGAUCAUGUUUCUUUUCUUGCUCUACUUUAUGCUUGUAGUCAUUCAAAACUUGUCGAGGAGGGUAAAUUUUAUCUGGAUAUGAUGGUGAUCAAGUACAGGUUACAACCAUGGCAGGAACACUAUGCCUGUGUGGUUGAUCUUCUCGGUCGCUCAGGGCGGACUGAAGAGGCUUACGAGUUCAUUAAAUCUAUGCCCGUGGAACCAAAAUCUGUGGUGUGGUGUGCACUCCUUGGGGCAUGUCGCGUACACAAGAACCAUGAGCUUGCUGUGGUUGCAACCGAUAAGCUUCUUGAGUUGGAGCCAGCCAACGCAGGUAACUAUGUCCUUGUAUCAAAUGUUUUUGCGGAAAUGGGCAGGUGGAACAAUGUCAAGGAGGUUAGAACCAGGAUGACAGAGCGAGGGUUAAGAAAAGACCCAGCAUGCAGCUGGAUUGAGAUUGGAAACAGCAUCCACACUUUCACUGCGAGAGAUCAUUCCCAUAGAGACUCACAAGCUAUCCACCUCAAACUUGCCGAGAUAACUGACAAACUGAGGAAAGAAGCUGGGUACUCCGAGGAUACUGGUUUCGUUCUGCAUGAUGUCAGUGAAGAAGAGAAGAUAGAUUUACUGCAUGGGCACAGCGAGAGGCUUGCGAUAGCAUUUGGUUUGAUCAGCACUUCUUCAGGUUCGCCUUUGAGGAUAGCCAAGAACCUCAGAGUUUGUGGCGACUGCCAUGAGUUCACCAAGCUGGUGUCCAAGCUAUUUGAAAGGGAAAUCGUGGUCCGAGACGCCAACAGGUUUCACCAUUUCAGUGGAGGCUCUUGUUCUUGCGGUGACUUCUGGUGAUUGUGCCUUAGACAUACUGUAGAACAUCGAUAGCUAGAAUGGUUAGAAUGGUGGAGUUUAGAACAACUGAACAUAAUGUUUCGUACCGUACUAUAUGCUUUUCCAACUGCACAAGGCAUGUCUGACGGAUUCGGUGAGGAUGAACAACUGGGAGUCUGACAGAGGCCCUCAUUUUAGUCUAUUCAUCAUGGGUCUAUAAAUGGAGCAACUGAAAGAAAACCCGUCGGGCCAGCAGAUGACUCCGAGUCUGAGUGAAACAAAGACUUCUGAUUUAUAGCAUCAAAAUGUAAAAUAAUGUAAAGGAUUCUUUCUGUAAAAUUCCAAUAGCCGAUUUUUUUCUGUUCAUAAUCAUUUGAGAGGUUCUUCUGAAAGACAAAUGAGAUA